AUGAACAUAUCUGAAGACUUACGCACCGUCCCGGUCGAGGGUUUUCCGCUGGCCCUCCUCGCAGUCACUCUGACGCUUCUGGUCUUGGUAAUCUUUGCUGUGGCAGUCCGAAUGUUUGUCGUCAUAUACAGUGGGACUAUAGGAUUGGAUGAUUAUUUGAUAACUCUAGGCGCAAUCAUCAAGUGCUCCAUGGCCGGCCUUACAUACCGCGGCGUGACAGUUGGUAUAGGAACGUUCAACAAGAACCUGAACGACUGGUUAUCCGUCCAGGCAAGCAAGAUAUAUACCAUUUGGAUUCUUGUCUACCUGUGUGCAAUGGUCAUGAUCAAAACAUCCAUUUGUAUAACACUGCUGCGAAUACUGCCUCACGGGCCCCGGAAGUCCUUGACUAACACCCUUCGGCUUUGCACAUGGACGUUGAUCGGGCUGACCUGCGCAGCUUGGUGCGUCAGCUUCAUUGGAAUAUUGACGCUUUGCCGACCCAUUCAGGCCAGCUGGGAUAAGUCACUGGUGGCGACGGGCAAGGCGCAAUGCGGCUCACAGGAAGCCCUCAUCGGCAUCAGCCAGACGGUUACGGCGACCGGCAUCAUUACCGACUUUGGCUGCACCAUCCUCCCCGGCAUCAUGCUUUGGAAGUCACCCAUGGGCCAGUCAUUCAAGAUCCAGAUAUUGUUCCUGUUGUCCGUCGCAUCCGUUGCUUGCGUCGCCACCAUAGCGCGUGCCCCAUAUAUCACGCGCUACGCCAACCCGCACGAUGAUCUCCUUUACUACAUUGGAUACAUGGUUCUCUUCUCCAACAUUGAGACCGGCGUGGGUCUGGUCGCUUCCUCCCUCCCCGCGCUGCGCCGGAUGAAGCAUAUGCUAAAGGGGCCGGCGGUCACGAAACAACCUAGCGAGGUUGAAAUUGACCAAUCGAAAGGCAGUGUUGCCUUUGUGACCAUUGGAGGUACCGCUGUCAAUAGUGGUGGUCGCUCUGUGGCCUCACCCUCCCGCAAGGUCUUCUCCAAGCCUACUAUUCGCGGUCGUGCCAACGAGACUGGCGAAGAUGUGGAUGGUCAAGGCUGGGAGCGCUUGGGUUGA